AUGGGCUCGACCGUAGAUGUCUUCGAUUAUAUCAUUAUAGGAGGCGGCACAGCCGGACUGACAGUUGCUAAUCGCUUGACCGAAGAUGCGGAUAUUAGAGUCUUGGUGAUUGAGGCCGGGCAAGAUCGCACCAAAGACCCUCUCGUCCAAAUCCCAGGACUCGUUGUUGGAAUGUACGGCAAGCCGGAAUACGAUUGGAACCUCCGCUCGACUCCUCAGCCGGGGCUCAACAACCGUAUAAUCAACCAGGCCCGCGGCAAGCAAUUGGGAGGCUCUUCUGCUCUGAACUUCAUGAUGCUGCUGUAUCCUCCAAGAGGUAGCCUGGACGCUUGGGGUGCUUUGGGAAACAAGGGCUGGGACUAUGAUUCCCUAUCACCGUACUUGCGCAAGUUCGCAACGUUCCACCCCCCUCCAGAGGCCGCGAAAGAUAUUCUGGGCCUUGCAAAUCACGAUGACUCAGUGGUUGGUAAUGGGCCUAUCCAGGUGUGCUUUAGCGAAGGCUAUAGCAAGCCGAACAAGGCCUGGAUGGAGGCGUUUGCCAAUCUAGGACUGGAGAUGAAGACCGAUCCGCGAACCGGAAAGGGUCUGGGAGCUUUUCAACAAGGCGGUAGCAUCGAUCCUGCUACCAACACUCGAAGUCAUGCCGGCAACGCCCAUUAUACCCCUGAGAUUGCGAGCAGGUCAAAUCUGACGGUCAUCACGGAGACGGUCGUCCGGAAGAUCAUUCUUGAUACUUCAAAAGACGAGCCUGUUGCUGUCGGUGUGCUUAUUCGAACACAAAAGGGCAUUGAAAAGACGGUGUUGACUGGUGGCGAGAUUAUCCUGGCUGCGGGAGCCCUCAUGUCACCCCAGAUCCUCGAGCUAUCUGGUGUUGGCAGCAGGUCCCUCCUAGAGAGUCUGGACAUCCCUGUUAUUGUCGAUAACCCGAACGUCGGCGAGAAUCUUCAGGACCAUCCCAUCACAUGCCAGUCGUUCGAGGUUAAUCCUGACGUUCCAUCGGGCGACGUGCUGAGAGAUCCCAACGUUCUUAAUGCUCUUCUCCAGCAGUUCCAGGAUGGCGGCAAGGGGCCCCUGGGCCAGUCCAACAUCAGCGUCGCCUAUGUCCCCCUGGCUGAUGGGGCAGGCGUCUGCUCUGAGGAUACCAAGAAGUCGCUGUUUGCCUAUCACGACCAACAUGCGCAGACUCUCGACGCAAAGGUGCUCCGCAAGCUUCUUCAGGAGCAGGAUGAGCCAGCCGUGCAGUAUUUUCUCUUCCCCUCACAGACACACACUGUCAUGGAUAAUCCGCCCAGCAUGGCCGAUUAUCUCUUGCCGACAAGCCCGGAGAACUACUUGACGGUCAUGACAAUGCUGAACCACCCCUUUUCUCGUGGCAGCGUCCACAUCACCAGCGCCAACGUUGACGAGUUCCCUACUUGGGAUCCGAACUUUAACUCGAAUCCACUGGAUCUGGAGAUCUCUGCUCGCCAUGUCCAGUUUGUCGAGCUGCUUCUCCGUACGGCUCCAUUCGGAGAUCUUUUCAAGCCCGACGGCGCUCGUAUUCCGCAGCUUAAGGGAAAUUUCUUAGAAGACGCGAGGGAGAUUGUUCGGCAGUCGCAGGUGUGCUGCUUUCAUCCGUCCUGUAGCUUAGCGAUGAAGCCAAGGGAUCAAGGAGGUGUCGUUGACAGCAGACUGAGAGUAUACGGCACCAAGAGUCUCAGAGUGGUUGAUGCCAGUGUCUUUCCAAUUCAAAUUGCUGGGAACAUCCAGAGCAUGGUUUAUGCCGUCGCAGAGAAGGCUGCCGACAUCAUCAAGGAGGACAGGAUAGUUAUAUAA